CCUGACCUCCAGGUGUGGAGGUGUACCAUGUGUUCUCCCGCUCGGGGGGCGUGAACCCAUCUCUGCUGUGAGGAGUCGUCCUGUGGGACCAUGGGAACAUCGACGCUGGGGAAGGCAGCCCCCCUCAACAUGCUACUGGAUUCCUGCAUCCAGGCUUUUGAUGACAAUGGGGAGUUGCAGUCCAACCAGCUCCCUCGCACCCUGCUGCUGAUGCACCGCUGGUAUGUCACGUCCACAGAGCUGGCCGGGAAGCUGCUUGUGAUAUACCGUGACUGCCAGGGAGAUGAGUGCCAAAGAACGAGACUGAAGAUCUGCUAUUUAAUGAGGUACUGGAUUACGGUGUUUCCUGCAGAGUUUAACCUGGACAUGGGCCUUAUCCGCCUCACUGAGGAAUUCAGAGACGUGGCGGCUCAGCUGGGCUGUGAGGAACACUACAAACUCAUUGACAUCUCCACCAUCCCGUCGUAUGACUGGAUGAGAAAGCUGACCCAGAGGAAGAAGCAGGCCAAGAAGGGCAAAGCCUCACUCCUCUUUGACCACCUAGAGCCCAUGGAGCUGGCGGAACACCUCACGUUCCUGGAGUACAAGUCCAUCAGGAGGAUAUCAUUCACAGACUACCAAAGCUAUGUGAUGCACGGAUGUCUGGUAGAUAACCCAACACUGGAGCGCUCCAUCGCCCUGUUCAACGGAGUGUCCCAGUGGGUUCAGCUCAUGGUGCUCAGUAAGCUGACACCCCAACACCGUGCUGAGGUCAUCACCAAAUACAUCAACGUGGCCCAGAAACUCCUCCAACUGCAGAAUUUUAAUACGCUGAUGGCCGUGGUUGGAGGUCUGAGCCACAGCUCAAUCUCUCGUCUGAAGGAGACCCACUCUCAUCUGGCACCCGAGGUCAACAAGAUCUGGAAUGAGAUGACGGAGCUGGUCUCCUCCAAUGGGAACUACUGUGCUUACCGCAAGGCCUUCACAGACUCCGAAGGCUUCAAGGUCCCCAUCCUGGGAGUCCACCUGAAGGACCUGAUCGCCGUGCACGUGGUCUUCCCCGACUGGGUGAACGACAACAAGGUGAACAUUGUAAAGAUGCAGCAGCUCUACCUCACCUUCAACGAGCUGGUGUCCCUUCAGAGUUCUGCAGCCCAGGUGGAACCCAACAUGGACCUCAUCUACCUGCUCACUCUCUCUCUAGACCUUUACUACACUGAAGAUGAGAUAUAUGAGCUAUCCUUGCUAAGGGAACCACGGAACCCAAAGUCUUUGCCUACUUCUCCAACAACCCUCAACAAGCCAAUGGGCCCUCUGGACUGGGCAUCAGGUGUGACAACCAAACCUGACCCCAAUGUGGUGAACAAGCACAUCAGGAAGGUGGUGGAUUCUGUAUUCAGGAACUACGACCAUGACCAUGAUGGCUACAUCUCUCAGGAGGACUUUGAGAGUAUUGCUGCCAACUUUCCUUUCUUGGACUCUUUCUGUGUGUUGGACAAGGACCAAGAUGGCCUGAUUAGUAAGGAUGAGAUGAUGGCUUACUUCCUGAGGGCCAACCCCUUGCUCCAGUGUAAAAUGGGCCCUGGUUUUAUCCACAACUUUACGGAGAUGACGUAUCUGAAGCCUACCUUCUGCGAGCACUGUGCUGGAUUUCUCUGGGGAAUAAUCAAACAGGGAUACAAGUGCAAAGAUUGCGGCGUGAACUGCCAUAAGCAGUGCAGGGAGCUGUUGGUACUGGCCUGUAGGAAGCUGCCGCGUUCCACCUCUUUGCAAAGUGUCUCCCCUAGAGGCCUGACCCACAGCUCUCUACCCAGCAGCCCCACCAUGCCCACCUUCAAGGAUGAGGACGAGAUGUUUGAGUUCCCCUCGGUGACACCUGGAGGUUCUGACCUGGAGCAUAAGUCCAUCACCCUGAUGACGGGCUCAGCCCAGCGGAUCUCUGUGGGUUUACAGCGGGCCACCACCAGCCAGGCCACGCAGACGGAGCACCUGUGGCCAGAGCACACCUGGGGGUCUGGGGAUGGGGGCUCCCACACCUUCCCCAAGAUGAAGUAUCGACCACACCGGCAGGCCUCCAAGAGCAAAGGCUUUGCCCGCUGGGAGAACGAGGCCCAGGAGGAGCCCAGGGGUCGGCGGGAAUCCCAGGAGCAGACGGACAGACCUGCAGAGGUGGUGCAGAACGGGAUAAUACCACACAGAGAGAAGGACAGCUGACUUGGAGACACCAAGGGCCGAACCCAGGGCUCCAGGAGGCCCUUGGAAGCCAGCAUCAGGAAGCUCUCCUCACUGGGCGAAGUACUUGGCUGCUUGAGGCCCCCAUUUGGUGACCUGGAGUAGGAUGGACUUCCUCUGACCUAUCCAGACAGGUCUUCAGUGAACCACAUAUGAAUACUGAUGUUUAAUCCCGAACCAGGGAUGUGAGUGAUGGGACUGAAAAAGCCCUUGUCCUCAAUGCUCCCCAGCUCUACACACCCUGCCUUCACAACCCAUCAGUGUCAUUGGAAAACGAUCCUGGACUACUUACAGUACAUGUGAUUUAGGUUUGUUGGGGCUCACCAGUGUUUGACUGACUGAACGUAAAUGAGCGGGUGUCUACC